AAAUCUAUAAAACGAUUACCGACGUUCUCGGCGAAGCUAGUGCAAUCCUAUCAGAAAAUGAAACUCACUGCUGCAUUAGCACUGCUUAUCUGUUGUUUGGCGGUUGGUCAUUGCCAGGGACCGGAAGAUCCUGAACCAUGGAAGAAAGUAUCUGAUCCUACUGAUCCAGAACCAUGGAAGCGAGUCUCGGAUCCUACUGAUCCAGAGCCUUGGAAGAAGGUUUCAGAUCCUACUGACCCGGAACCAUGGAAGAAAGUUUCAGAUCCUACUGAUCCAGAGCCGUGGAAGAGAGCCUCGGAUCCUACUGAUCCGGAACCUUGGCAGGAAGUCACGGAUCCUACUGAUCCUGAGCCUUGGAAGAAAGUCUCUGAUCCCACUGAGCCUGAACCGUGGGCACUGAUUCCGGACGGAGCUGGACAUCUACACAUUGUGAAUAUUAACCCCGUAAAUAUACCCGAGGGCGAAGACGAAAUCGAACCACUGUUCAACCCGGAGACUGAUGUCGUCUUUAGAAUGUACACUAGGCGCAAUCCGCUUCAUGAGCAGCUGAUUAGAUGGGAUGACCCAUCAUCGAUCUCCAAUUCCAAUUUUAAUCCGGCUAAUCCGACUCGGUUCCUAAUCCACGGUUGGGUAGAGGGUGAAGACGCUACGCUGCACUGGGUGAUCAAGGAUCACUACAUGCGCGUUGGAGACUUCAACGUCAUCAACGUAGAUUGGGGUGCAGGUGCUCAAACGAUCAACUACAUCGCGGCUCGUAAUCGUGUUGGAGGAGUCGGAAUGAUCGUGUCCCGUGUGAUUGAUACGAUUCGUGCUACUACUGGACAAUCGUUGGACAUGAUCAACGUGGUUGGAUUCAGUUUGGGAGGUCAUGCCGCCGGAAACGCUGGAAAGGGUCAGAAUGGCCUGCUCAACUCCGUCAUCGCUCUGGAUCCGGCUGGUCCGUUGUUCUCGCAGGGACAGGCUGACAUCUUAAGUGCAAGUGAUGCGAUCUAUACGGAAGCAAUCUACACCAAUGCCGGAAAUCUAGCAUUCGAUGCCCCACUAGCUCAGGCCAAUUUCUACCCGAACUACGGACGAUCGCAACCGGGGUGCAUAACUUCAAUCUGCGCCCAUAACCGGGUCAACGAGCUGUUUGCUGAGUCCGUUUCCACUGCCAAUCACUUCAUUGCCAUGGAGUGUGCCGACUACAAUGAAAUUUUGAACGGAGGAUGUUCAUCCGUUGGGCCGUAUGCCAAGAUGGGUGGUGAACCUUCCAACCGGGGACUUGGAGUCAGGGGUGUUUACUAUCUGCGAACGAACGCACAGUCGCCGUUUGCCAGAGGCUAGAACGAAAAGGGAUAGCGGCGAUGAGGUAAGGCGGGCUAAGAAUGAUGAAAUUGUGAUAAUUUUUCAAUUCACUAA